UCUCAGCGCCGCCUCCUGCAGGAGGAGGAGGAGGAGGAGCAUCCGCCGCCCCCGUCGCCGCCGCAGCUCGCGCCCAAGAGGAAGAGAGAGGCGAACUAAGGCAGGAGGCGCUUGGGGCGAGGGAACCAGAGCCGAGGACUUGAGGGGCCUCAGGGGACGGGGCGAGGCGAGGCGAGGCCCAAAGGCCCCUCGCUCGGACGACCUCACAGCCAGGGAAACGGAGGCAGCUCCUGUUCAAACUGGAAAGUGGGAGCCCCAGGCUGAAGCUGCGAAUAUGGGGGGAAGCAGCAGCUCUGCCUUAGAAUUCCUGCUCUGAUCUAGGGAGCAUCCUGCGCACAAGAUGAUGCCCUAGCUCCUGCCCACCUAGCAGUUCAAAAGCACACCAAUGCAAGUAGAUAAAGAGGUACUGCUGCGACAGGAAGGUAAACGGCAUUUCCAUGCGCUCUGGCACUCGUCAUGGUGUCUCGUUGCACCAGAAGCAGUUUAGUCCCGCUGGCCACAUGAGCCAGAAAGCUGUCUGUGGACAAAUGGUGGUUCCCUCGGUCUGAAGCAAGAUGAACGCUGCACCCCAUUGUCGCCUUUGACUGGACUUAACUGUCAAGGGCCCUUUACUUUUUUUACCUUUUAAUGUUAAGACAACCAGUUGGCUCAUGCUCAGAACAGGAUGUGAUGCCAGAAACAUGGAAAACUACCGAAGGAUUUGAACCCUGAGAUGAAACUUCACCAAACAAUUCCCUUUUUUAGAACAUUGCAUGUUCAGUGUUACUGCUCUUUCCAGCAGCGUCAUCUUCCUUUACUUGUUAAGAGAGCUACUUGUUGGACAAAACUGAAUACCUUUUGGCACAGCUGUUUGUGGAAUACAGUUGCCCCUAUUGUAGCAUUUAAUAACUGGCCAAGGAGAUAUCACCAGACCUCAGGGACACUCUGGAACCUUGAAGCACUGCAAACGUAUUUACAGACUUUAAGCCAAGAAUACCAAAGAUUGGAGAAAUUGCUGAAUGACAGCUCAGUAAAAGAACACAGAAGAAGAGCUCUGAGCAAGAGACAUGCUGAACUGUCCCCGCUUGCUGUGACAUUGAAAGAAAUUCGAGAGGCAGAAAAAGAACUUCAAGAUUUGGAGAUACUUUGUUCAAAGCUAAACAGCCCAGAAGAGAAACCACUACUAGAACUUGCUCUAGAGGAAAAGAAGAUUAUUGACCAGAAGAUCAGCACUUUGUGUCGAAAGAUUUUCCAGAUCUUGAUACCAAGAGAAAAAUAUGACGACUGUGGUGUAUUGUUAGAAGUAACAUGUGGCAGGACAACUGGAGGUGACAUCUGUCAGCAAUUUACCCAAGAGGUAUUUGACAUGUACCGGAAUUACGCCGAUUACAAAUGCUGGACCUUUGAGAUUGUGAACUACACUCCAGCGGAUUAUGGUGGGCUACACCAUGCUGCCGCUCGCAUUUUGGGAGACGACGUCUACAAGCAUUUGAAAUAUGAAGGAGGGACUCACAGGGUGCAGAGAAUCCCCGAAACAGGAUUAUCUUCCAGAAUGCAGCGGAUCCAUACUGGCACCAUGUCCGUGAUUGUCCUCCCUCAGCCAGAUGAGGUGACCAUUAAAAUAGAUCCAAGAGAUUUGCGUAUAGAUACAUUUCGGGCCAAAGGGGCAGGAGGACAGCAUGUCAAUACAACAGACAGUGCUGUUAGAAUUGUACACAUUCCCACAGGGUUAACCGUUGAGUGCCAAGAAGAGCGAUCUCAGCAAGUGAACAGAGAAACUGCUCUGCGGACCUUGAGAGACAAGCUGUACCAGCAGACCAUAGAGAGAGAGCUGAGGCAGAGGCAGAGCAACAGGAAACUGCAGUUGGGGACAAGAGCCCAGGCAGAGAGAAUUCGCACAUAUAACUUCCACCAAGACCGAGUCACUGACCACAGGGUUACCUAUGAAAUGCGUGACAUCAAGGAAUUCUUAAGUGGGAAGAAGCUCCUGGAUGAACUAAUCAACAAACUCUUAGAGGCUGCAGAGAUGGAAUCUCUGAUAGAACAUUUGGAAAACAAUUUAAAAUCUCUGCAAGCAGACUCCUGACUUGAAAAGUGUAAUAGAUGCAAAUGCUUUUAAUUGGCUUGCAAAAUUUAACAAGCCUCACAGAAGUAUGAGUGCUGUUCUGCAUUUUAAUAUUUUGUUAUCACUGUCAAUGACUUUAUGGCUGUGACCUAAACAAAUGGCAUAUAAAUAAAAGCAUGUAGAACUUAA